GGCUUCAGACCACACGAUUGGGAAACCACUUGGAAGACCGUGUGAAUAAGUUUUUGCGGCGCCAGAAUCACCCUGAGGCUGGGGAGGUUUUUGUCAGAGUGGUGGCCAGCUCAGACAAGACGGUGGAGGUCAAGCCAGGGAUGAAGUCAAGGUUUGUGGAUUCUGGAGAAAUGUCAGAAUCUUUCCCGUAUCGAACCAAAGCACUCUUUGCUUUCGAGGAGAUUGAUGGAGUCGAUGUUUGCUUUUUUGGGAUGCAUGUGCAAGAGUAUGGCUCUGAUUGCCCCCCGCCAAAUACAAGGCGUGUGUACAUAUCUUAUCUGGACAGUAUUCAUUUCUUCCGGCCCCGCUGCCUCCGGACAGCUGUUUACCAUGAGAUCCUCAUUGGAUAUCUAGAGUAUGUGAAGAAAUUGGGGUAUGUGACAGGACACAUCUGGGCCUGUCCCCCAAGUGAAGGAGAUGACUACAUCUUUCAUUGCCACCCACCUGAUCAGAAAAUCCCCAAACCCAAAAGACUACAGGAGUGGUACAAGAAGAUGCUGGACAAGGCAUUUGCAGAGAGGAUCAUUAAUGACUAUAAGGACAUCUUCAAACAAGCAAAUGAAGACAGGCUCACGAGUGCCAAGGAGUUGCCCUAUUUUGAGGGAGAUUUCUGGCCUAAUGUGUUGGAAGAAAGCAUUAAGGAGCUAGAACAAGAAGAAGAAGAGAGGAAAAAAGAAGAGAGUACUGCAGCUAGUGAAACCCCUGAGGGCAGUCAAGGUGACAGCAAGAAUGCCAAGAAAAAGAACAAUAAAAAAACCAACAAAAACAAAAGCAGCAUUAGCCGAGCCAACAAGAAGAAGCCCAGCAUGCCCAAUGUGUCCAACGACCUGUCCCAGAAGCUGUAUGCCACCAUGGAGAAACAUAAGGAGGUCUUCUUUGUGAUUCAUCUGCAUGCUGGGCCUGUUAUCAGCACUCAGCCCCCCAUCGUGGACCCUGACCCCCUGCUCAGCUGUGACCUCAUGGAUGGGCGUGAUGCCUUCCUCACCCUGGCUAGAGACAAGCACUGGGAGUUCUCUUCCUUACGCCGCUCCAAAUGGUCCACUCUGUGCAUGCUGGUGGAACUGCACACACAGGGCCAGGACCGCUUUGUCUAUACCUGCAAUGAGUGCAAACACCAUGUAGAGACACGCUGGCACUGCACUGUGUGUGAGGACUAUGACCUUUGUAUCAAUUGCUACAACACAAAGAGCCACACCCAUAAAAUGGUGAAGUGGGGACUGGGCCUAGACGAUGAGGGCAGCAGUCAAGGUGAGCCACAGUCCAAGAGCCCCCAGGAGUCCCGGCGUCUCAGCAUCCAACGCUGCAUCCAGUCCCUGGUCCAUGCCUGCCAGUGUCGCAAUGCCAACUGCUCUCUGCCAUCUUGCCAGAAGAUGAAACGAGUAGUGCAGCACACCAAGGGUUGUAAACGCAAGACUAAUGGAGGAUGCCCCGUAUGCAAGCAGCUCAUUGCUCUUUGCUGCUACCACGCCAAACACUGCCAAGAAAAUAAAUGCCCUGUGCCCUUCUGCCUCAACAUCAAACACAAGCUCCGCCAGCAGCAGAUCCAGCAUCGCCUGCAGCAGGCCCAGCUCAUGCGCCGUCGAAUGGCCACCAUGAACACCCGCAAUGUGCCUCAGCAGAGUUUGCCUUCUCCUACCUCAGCACCACCUGGGACCCCCACACAGCAGCCCAGCACACCCCAAACACCACAGCCCCCUGCCCAGCCUCAGCCUUCACCUGUAAACAUGUCACCAGCUGGCUUCCCUAAUGUAGCCCGGACUCAGCCCCCAACGAUAGUGUCUGCUGGGAAGCCUACCAACCAGGUGCCAGCUCCCCCACCUCCUGCCCAGCCCCCACCUGCGGCAGUAGAAGCAGCAAGGCAAAUUGAACGUGAGGCCCAGCAGCAGCAGCAUCUGUACCGAGCAAACAUCAACAAUGGCAUGCCCCCAGGGCGUGCAGGUAUGGGAACCCCAGGGAGCCAGAUGGCCCCUGUGGGCCUGAAUGUGCCCCGUCCCAACCAAGUCAGUGGGCCUGUCAUGUCUAGCAUGCCACCUGGGCAAUGGCAGCAGGCACCCAUCCCCCAGCAGCAGCCAAUGCCAGGCAUGCCCAGGCCUGUGAUGUCUAUGCAGGCCCAGGCAGCAGUGGCUGGGCCACGGAUGCCCAAUGUGCAGCCACCAAGGAGCAUCUCGCCAAGUGCCCUGCAAGACCUGCUUCGGACCCUGAAGUCGCCCAGCUCCCCUCAGCAGCAGCAGCAGGUGCUGAACAUCCUCAAAUCAAACCCACAGCUAAUGGCAGCUUUCAUUAAACAGCGCACAGCCAAGUAUGUGGCCAAUCAGCCUGGCAUGCAGCCCCAGCCUGGACUUCAGUCCCAGCCUGGUAUGCAGCCCCAGCCCGGCAUGCACCAGCAGCCCAGCCUGCAGAACCUGAAUGCAAUGCAAGCUGGUGUGCCACGGCCUGGUGUGCCUCCACAGCAACAGGCGAUGGGAGGCCUGAAUCCCCAGGGACAGGCUCUGAACAUCAUGAACCCUGGACACAACCCCAACAUGGCAAACAUGAAUCCACAGUACCGAGAAAUGGUUAGGAGACAGCUGCUACAGCACCAACAGCAGCAGCAGCAACAGCAGCAACAGCAGCAACAAAGCAGUGCCAGCAUGGCCGGGGGCAUGGCAGGACAUGGCCAGUUCCAGCAGCCACAAGGACCUGGAGGCUACGCCCCAGCCAUGCAGCAGCAACGUAUGCAACAGCACCUCCCCAUCCAGGGUAGCUCCAUGGGCCAGAUGGCUGCUCCAAUGGGACAACUUGGCCAAAUGGGGCAGCCUGGGCUGGGGGCAGACAGCACCCCCAGCAUUCAGCAGGCCCUACAGCAGCGGAUUCUGCAGCAGCAGCAGAUGAAGCAGCAGAUUGGGUCCCCAGGCCAGCCAAACCCCAUGAGCCCCCAGCAGCACAUGCUCUCAGGACAGCCACAGGCCUCGCAUCUCCCCGGCCAGCAGAUCGCCACAUCCCUUAGUAACCAGGUGCGGUCUCCAGCCCCUGUCCAGUCUCCACGGCCCCAAUCCCAGCCUCCACAUUCCAGCCCAUCACCACGGAUACAGCCCCAGCCUUCACCACACCAUGUUUCACCCCAGACUGGCUCCCCCCACCCCGGACUCGCAGUCACCAUGGCCAGCUCCAUGGAUCAGGGACACCUGGGGAACCCCGAACAGAGUGCAAUGCUCCCCCAGCUGAAUACCCCCAACAGGAGCGCGCUGUCCAGUGAACUGUCCCUGGUUGGUGAUACCACGGGAGACACACUAGAAAAAUUUGUGGAGGGUUUGUAGCAUUAUGAGAGCAUUGGGUGUUUGGUUUUUUGUUUUGGGAUUUUAUUUUAUUUUAUUAUUUUUUGGGGGUUUUUUGUUUUUUUUUUUUUUUUUUUCUUUUCUUUUUUUUUCUUUUUUCUUUUUUUUUUUUUUUUUGUUUUGUUUUGUUUUGUUUUUCCCCCCUCCCCUUUCAUGUUCUUGGACUUUUUGUACUGAAAAUCCAGGCGUCUGGGCUCUUUUUAUUACGCCUAGAUGGACUGUGACUCCCAAGCAUGGAAGGGUGGAUUGAUGUCUAAAACAAUACAAAGAAUAUAUUUUUUGUUAAAAACCAGUUGAUUUAAAUAUCUGGUCGGUCUCUCUUUCUCUCUCAGCUUUUUUCUCUUUUUUUUCUGUUUUGUUUUGGGGGGUGGGGGGUUGUUUGGAUUCUUUUUGUCGUCAUUGCUGGUGACUCAUGCCUUUUUUUAAUGGGAAAAACAAGUUCAUUAUAUUCAUAUUUUUUAUUUGUAUUUUCAAGACUUAAACAUUUAUGUUUAAAAGUGAAAAGAAAAAUAAUACUCAGAAACUGGUUCCAGAAAUAAUGCAUCUUAUAAUGUGUCCCGAUAACGAGCUGAUGUUGCGGGAAGAUUUUUUUCUAUAGUGAACUCUGUGGGCAUCUCCAAGUAUUACCCCUGGACAAUAGGAAUUGACUCCGGCGUGCACACAUGUACACACCCACACACAUUUAUCUAUACAUGCUGGCUUAAGCCAACCUCUUGUCUUGCAGAUGUAGAAAUUGUUGCUUUGUUUCUCUGAUAAAACUGGUUUUAGACAAAAAUAGGGAUGAUCACUCUCUUAGACCAUGCUAAUGUUAUUAGAGAAGAAGCAUUCUUUUCUUUCUUCUUGUGAAACUUGAAAUGAGGAAAAGCAAUUCUAGUGUAAAUCAUGCAAGCGCUAUAAUUACUAUAAAUAAGAAAAUUCAAGAAGAUUCAAUCACUGUAUAGAAUGGUAACAUACCAACUCAUUUCUUAUAUCAUAUUGUUAAAUAAACUGUGUGCAACAGACAAAAAGGGUGGUCCUUCUUGAAUUCAUGUACAUGGUAUUAACACUUAGUGUUCGGGGGUUUUUUUGUUAUGAAAAUGCUGUUUUCAACAUUGUAUUUGGACUAUGCAUGUGUUUUUUUCCCCAUUGUAUAUAAAGUAUCGCUUAAAAUUGAUAUAAAUUACUGAAGUUUUUAACAUGUAUUCUGUUCUUUAAGAUCCCUGUAAGAAUGUUUAAGGUUUUUAUUUAUUUAUAUAUAUUUUUGGAGUCUGUUCUUUGUAAGACAUGGUUCUGAUUGUUCGCUCAGAGUGGAGAGGUCGGGGCUGCAGUCAUGGUUGCAGUGUGGGUGGCAGCUGGGAAUAUCCCAGGCUUGUGGCCACCAAUGGGUGGGGGGAGUCUGUGCAGAGAGGAGGCAGCUCAGCAUUGCCUUGCAUAUUCAGUACUCACAGGUGAAUGUCACCCAUGCCAAGAGGGACAAUCACCACUGGGUCAGAAACAGCACUUUGCCUCCAGCCCACUCUUUGUCCUCCUUGUUGGCCAGCUGCCCCUGUGGGGAGGGCUCCUGCCCCCCCCUCUUUUUUUCAGACAGCCCCCCUUUCUCUACCCAGAUCCCACAAUCAAUGCAAAGGGUGCUCCAGGGACUUGAGGUGGUUCCUGACCUCCCCUCCCCUAAAGUUCAACAGGGAGCUUACCUCCAUCAGCCUGCCCCACGUGGCCUCAUUUGGGUUUUGCAGGCCUGGUGCCACCCUGGGGGCUGCUGCUUCAUGGUCUUACCCACUCAUGAAGUCCAGUUACAGGUGCCCUUCCUGAGCAGGGGAUGGUAGCUCCUGAAUACUGUAAAUGUCACAUCCAAUAGGAGGACCACUGACAGGGGAACUAAACCCCUAGCCUACUGCUCCCAGGGAACUUUUUUUUUUUUUUAAAUACCUGUCUUCCAACAAAAAGGUGGUCUAGAUGGGGGUGGGGGGCAGCUAAAUUUAGAAAUCAUGACCCAAAUAGCCUUCCUUUUGGCCUUUUAAGUUCACAGAAGUAUUUUCAAAAUUCUUGAUACUUGGAAAUCUAAAUUUGAGGAAGCCUUUCAAGAUUAGAGUUUUGAAUGUAGAAUUUUGAAUCUUGGAUUUUAAUACUGUGGAUAAGACCAGGUAAGGAAUAGACCAUCAUCUAACAUCCCCAACUAAGCCCUGUCCCAAGUCCUCCAGAGGUGAUGCUCCGUCCUUGCUCAAUUUGAUGGGUCCUUGCACAUUCUCGGCUCUCUUCAGAAUGCCCUUUGCUGCCAGUUGGGAAGCCCCAAGCCAUGUGUUCAAACAAGAGGAACUGGAGCCUCAGAAGAGCUGCUCAGCCCCACUCAGAAGGUGGCACUUGGCAUUGUGCAGCCUUUUCAUGUGGGCAAUGGGGACAUCCUUUUCAGUUAUCCUGAAGUUCAAAGCUAUGUACCAACCUCCUUGGAGUCUGCAUCCUGUGCAGUUGUCCAUCUGGAUGUCGGAUGUGGCUGAGGGUGUGGGCUGUGGAUAAUAUCCCUAAGUUUGUCCUAAGGAAAUUUCUGUAAGAGCUGGAGUGCCCAGACACUGUGUCUCAUGCUGUAUACUUAAGAGGAGAAGAAAAAAGUCCUAUAUUUGUGAUCAAAAAGAGGGAACUUGAAAUGUGCUGGUGUUUAUAAUAAAAGCUGGUAAAACUGCUUGGA